ACCGCAGCGGUUGCACGACCUGUAGGAGUGUUUCAGCAGAGCAGGCUUUUCUGUCGAGCCGAUCCGUGACUGAGCUUCUUUGUGGAUGGCCAAGAUAAUCACCUGCCAAGUCCAGGUCCUGGACGGCUCCAACAUCAACAUAGACGUCAACACAAAAGCCACUGGUGAAAUACUGCUGGAGGAGGUGUACAAACAUCUGGGGCUGGAGGAGACCGACUACUUUGGGCUCCAGUUCAUCGACAAGAAACAGAACGUUCACUGGCUGGAUCCAUACAAGGUGAUCAAGAAGCAAGUGGGCAAAGGCUCCUACUCGUUUCGUUUCCGCGUCAAACUCUACCCAAUUUCUCCCAUCUACCUCUUUGAGGAGGGCACCAGGUACUUCCUGGCCCUGCAGAUCAAGGAAGACCUCGUCAAUGAAAAGCUCUAUUGCUCAGAGGACACAAAGGCUAUGCUCACUAGCUACGUGGUACAAGGGGAGUUUGGGGACUAUGACCCGGCUGAGCAUGGUACGGACUAUCUGGACGACUUUCCGCUGCUGGAGAACAGAGACCCAGAAUUCAAGACGAAGGUGACCGAACUCCACAUUCAGCACAGGAGAGCCCUGCCUGCUGAGUGCGACAAAAAGUUCCUGGCCAUAGCGUGCAAACUUGAUCGCUACGGAAUGGACUUUCAUCUCAUUGCAGAUGUGUCUAAUGUCGACCUUGUUCGUGGGGGUGUCGUCUCACGGGUGCGUAUUGCAGCUGUCAACUUCAAGGGAAAGCAGCUGCUUCUCGAAAUGAUGCCGCCACCUAACCAGCCGUUCACUGAGACCAUAGUCAUGAACUGCCGAACAAAAGUGGCCUGCAAGACGCUGUGGAAGUCUUGUGUGGAGCAUCACUCUUUCUUUAGGUCUGUGAAAACGGACAUCACUCGUAGACCGUCGGCCGUCAGCCUCCUAAGAAGAGGAUCCACAUUCAGAUACAGUGGUAGGACCCAGUACAAGCUACUGCAGGAGGGAACCAGCAUGCGCAAGCGAAAGAGCAAGAGAUUCGAAAGGCUGUCCAGUCGAAACAAGAUCACACGCAAAACCUUAUGAACAAAAAAACGCCAACUACAUAGUAAUGUGCCGUGUUUUUUUUUUACAUUGUAGUACGCUUUCUUACAUUUUUUUACAUCCAUAUCUAGACGUUGACCAGUUCUAAAUAAUUACUCAAUUUUUGUAUCGCUCAUUUAAAAAAACUUUGAUCCAUAUCUAGACGUUGACCAGUUAUAUAUAAUACUGCUUCUACUCAAUUUUUGUAUCGCUCAUUAAAAAAAACCUUGCAAACUCUGUGAAUAGCCAACCAGCAAGUGUAGCCUAUACAGCAAACAGAGUGUGCAUUACUUAUGUAUGCAUGACACUGUGUGUAUAUAUUGAGGUAUGUAUGGUUCAUGGUUUGCGGAGUCUCUCCGAAGGGUUGGAGGCGGUGGGUGGAGGAGGAGGGCCCUUCCGGUGGAGCUCCGCCAUGUAGUCGUGGAGGAUCCUGUCUCUCUCCUCGGAGGCACACUCCAGCACCAGAUAUCGCUGGUCAUUUUCCAACACCUUGACAAUUUCCUUGUAGUGCUUCUCAGACUCCUUAACAAGCCUGUGAGACCUUCACACGCACAAACAGAGGAGGAGAGGAGGAGCAGAAGAAAUAGUAAGUGAAACAAACAAACAACAAACAAACAAACAGAGGAGGAG